GAGAGAGAGAGAGAGGCAGCCAUGAAUGAUGAAAAUGAACGGUGAUGGAGACUUCGAAAACUAGACUUUGAGAACAUCUCUACUUCUCCUUUCAAACGAAUGAAUAGAUAAAAAGAGAGGUGGAGAAGGAUUCCAAAUUCUCGUCUCCUGUGCGCAUGUUGCUAUCGGUGAUGUGGGUGUAUUGUUUAUAGACUUUUGGGGAUGUGGGAGGAUUGUUUGUAGUCUUCCAACGGCUUGUUUGUUGUUGAAAAGGACGCUCGGAAGGUGAAAUGAGGUUUUGGGAGUUGUCUUUGGUGCUUAAUUUCUUAAGGCUAUGGAAAUGGGGGUUGGUCGUGGUGAAAUUCCGAAAAUUCCCACCCCUUUGGGGCGCAAUUCCAUGCUGAAGGGGAAGGAGGUCGUGUCGGGUAGGAAGAAUCAUGACUGGGAUUUGAAUGAGUGGAAAUGGGAUAGCAAUCUCUUUGUUGCAGAGCGGUUAAACAUUGGUCAAUCUCUUGAUAGCUGCAAAGAGCUCCUUCCUAAGGAUGCCGAGAACAGGACGGAUUUUGAGAAACGUAGGAAGCUGUCGGUGUUAGAGGCAGAUGAGUCGGAACAAGGAGAUGACUUGCUGACGCUUAAACUGGGAGGGGAUGUUUUUCCAUUUACAGAGAGAGAGGGCGAGAACUCUGAGUUGAAAGAUGCAAAGAGGUUUAAGGCGCAGCUGGGUGUGCCAAUCCCUUCCCUUUGUCAAGUUGACAGUUGUAACGCGAAUCUGAGUGAAGAGAGGGAUUACCAUCGGCGCCAUAAGGUUUGCGAGAAGCAUGCCAAAUCUGGGAGAGUUCUUCUGAGUGGUGUCUUACAAAGGUUCUGUCAACAGUGCAGCAGGUUUCAUCUGCUGCAAGAAUUUGAUGAAGAGAAGAGAAGCUGUAGGAGGCGCUUGGCUGGUCACAACCGGCGGAGAAGGAAGAACGCCAUUGUUGCUGACCACUCUUUGAAUGAUGAUCAGAGUAGCAGAUACAUCUUAAUAUGUCUCCUGAGGAUUCUUUCCAAUAUGCACUUGAAAAACUCAGACCAGUCAAAAGAUCACGAUAUACUGUUUCAGCUAUUGGGAAUGCUUUCUAGUCCUCUUGGUACACCUGCACCAGCAGACCUUUCCAGACUCAUACAAUCAUCCCAACAUCUGCAGAAUGCUGAGACAUCUACGGGAGUAUGUGCGGAAGGACAACCUGCCUUUCUUUCUAGUUAUCUGAGGGCCCUCACUGUUCCAGAACCUUCCAGACUGCCGUGUUCAACUGGGGCUGCAUCUUCUAUCAUAAGCUGUCAAGACCCUAUAAUGGCCACGGGUAAUUCUAGGCCCGUAAAUGUAUCCAGAGAAGGGAAAGCACAAGUAUCAUUUCUGACAAAAAACUCUUUGGAUGAGAAUAUGGAAUUUAUUCCUUCUCAGGAUUCUAGUGCCCCAUGUCUAAGAAAGGAUGACUCGCGAAGAAGGUCAGUUGCUCCAUGCUCAUCAAUGCCUUCUCUGGAGGCUGAUGGUGGGGAGAGGACCAAAUCAAAGUUGAAUGAUUUUGAUCUGAAUAGCACCUACACUGAAUAUGGGGAUUACAAAGGAUUGGAGAGUCCAUCCCAGAACAAUGGGAAGGUUCAAGCUGGUUCCACCGAUUUUCCUUCACGGCUACAUCAGGAUAUUCAUCAAACUAGCCCAACUCAUAUGAGUGGAAAUUCAGAAUCGACAUCUGACAAAUCACUUUCUAGUUCCGGUGAGGACGUUCAGUGCUGCACAGAUCGGAUCAUUUUCAAACUCUUUGGUAAAGACCCAAGUGAUCUUCCACAUGUUUUACGUGCACAGAUCCUGAACUGGAUAUCUCACAGCCCAACAGAUAUAGAGAGCUACAUAAGGCCCGGCUGUAUAGUCCUUACGAUUUACUUGCGGUUAUCAAAGCAAGCGUGGGAGGAGCUUUGCGGUAAUCUGACUUCCAGCUUGAAAAGGCUUUUAGAGGCUUCAGAUGAUGGUCUCUGGAGAACUGGAUGGAUAUGUGCCAAAGUGGGGCAUCAGCUAGCAUUUGUGUAUGAUGGCAAAGUUCUAUUAGAUGUACCGCUUUUGGGAUAUCAGGAUACUCCUUUUAUUAUAUGCGUCACCCCUGUAGCCGUUGAUCUUUCUUCAGAAGCAGUAUUCACAGUAAAAGGAAUGCACCUGAAGUCGGUCACAAAGCUGUUUUGUUCAUUUCAAGGACAACAAUCAGUCCAUGAAAUUAGUUCCAUUCCCCAAGAAGAGAAUGGUUCCUCUGCAGAUAGCUUCGAAAGCUUUGAUGGGCAUAGUGAUAAGAUUCAGACUCUCAACUUUGCUUGCUCAUUUGCAAACACAAGUGGGAGAGGAUUUAUUGAGGUCGAGCUUCAUGAUCUGAGUGGCGGAUUCCUUCCUUUUAUAGUCGCAGAGCAUGACAUUUGCUCAGAACUCCGUAUGCUGGAGAGUUUCAUCGAUAUUGUUGAGCCUGCUUCUAGUGAAAUGCGCUUGAGGGAUCAAGGCAUAGAGUUUCUACAUGAGUUUGGUUGGCUUCUUGAGAGGGCCCACUUGGUGUCUGGAUCAGAUCUUGCAAUCAAUCAUAGCACAGAAUUUUCUAACAUUAGAUUCAAAUGGCUCCUGGAAUUCUCCAUCGAGCGAGCUUGGUGUGCUGUGGUUAGGAAGAUCCUUAACAUCCUGUUCAAUUCAAGAGGGGUUGAUCAUUCGGUGGAAAAGUUGCUGAAUGAAGUCAGCCCUCUUCACCGGGCUGUCAGGAGAAACUGCAGACCGCUGGUGGAAUUCCUGCUUAAGUACAUCCCAGAAGAGAAACAAGCAUCCAAAGCCAAUCUGGAUUCAAAAUUCUGUGAAAAGAUAUUCAAAUCAAACAUGAGUGGGCCAGCAGGUAUCACACCUCUUCACAUUGCUGCCUCAACCGAAGGUGCCUAUGAUAUGCUGGAUCUAUUAACUGAUGAACCAGAACAGGAUUGGAUACAAACAUGGGAGAAAGGACGGGAUGUGUCUGGGUUUACUCCCGAAGAUUAUGCUCAUCAGAGAGGCCAUGAUCACUAUAUUCAGCUUGUGAAGAGGAAGAUAUCUAGCAAAGCUGCAGGAGCACAUCUGGUCCUAGACAUGUCCAAUCCUUUGUCCACAACAAGGAGGGUCGAAGAGCCUCCGGUGCUGCAGGGAAAUUCAGUGCAGUGUAAGCAGAAGAAUGCCAGUCUUGAUAUAGAUAGUAGAAGCACGGAGCGAGUGAAGUGCAGGGUCUGUGAACAGCUGUCUGCUUGCAGUAGAGGACACAGAGUUCUGAACUACAGACCGGCCAUUCUAUCAGUGGUGGCCAUUGCCGCUGUUUGUGCAUGUGUAAGUCUCCUCUUAAAAACCCCACCUGAAGUCCUCUUUGUGGUUGCAUUCAGGUGGGAGCUGUUAGACUACGGGUACAUAUAGGUGUGUUUGUAGCUUAGAUACAAGUUUAAGAAGAGAUGCAUGCGAACUGUCAAUACUUAAUACUUUAAACAGAAAAAUAUAAUAUUGUAUCUCCUGUAUUCCAAUCUGAUAAAUACAGUGGGCAUGACACCCUUGAUAAAGAGAUGUGCUUUUCAUACCCAUGUCUCUGGCACUUGUGUUAGUAUAAAAUGGACAAAUUGCAGA